AUGGAAUCAAUACGAAAGGUUCUAGAAGUGGAUUGUUCUGAUUCUAACAUGUCAAUAUCGAGUGACUCCGACCUAAACGUCGGGAGGCCCGCUUCAAGUAUGAUUGUCAUGGAGCGAGCAACGGCAGACCAACACAUGCGUGAACCCCUACCCACGAACAAGGAAGAACGUAUUCAAUUAGCACUCAAAUUCCUCAAAAGGCAAGAAGAAGGAGCGGAGGUUGUUGAUAACGGUGCCAAGCCUGCAAAACACUCUCUGAGGCAAAUUGCCCUGUAUUUCCAGGUACCGAAGUCCACACUAUACGAUAGGCUCAAGUGCAAGACCAACAAUACAAGUAAAGCACAUGCCCAGCAAAUGAAGCUGGCGCCUCAAGUCGAAACGCAGUUUCUUCAUAAACUUCGACUACUAUGUCAAAGCCAUGGAAACAUCCCCACCCUCAUACAAAUGAAAAACGUCAUAGAGUCCAGCAUCGAUAACGUCUCCCUAGGGAAGAAGUGGAUUCAUAAUUUUGUCAAGAGACACCAAGAUUUUGUCAUCUAUGGGAGUGACUCCAGCAAUAUAACACUGGGCAACUUCAAGUCGUACAAAAGUAACUAUGAGUAUCUGUGGAAAUGCUUCGUCCCUGUGCUACAGGAGAGGAUCACACAGCAGAGAAGUUCUUUCUACUAUAUUACGCGAACAGCAUUGGAUAAUGGGAGUAUGUCGAGCGUUUUCAAUUGUUUCAAGAUCAAUCCGAAUUUCACCAUAGAAGUCAAAGCGCCCCCUCAAGCAGUCAUCUUCAAUUCCGAUACCACCGACAAAUCUACCAAAAUCGCCCAACUUAAUAAAAUACUGCUCUCGCUUUAUACCCAGUGUGAGUCUUUAUCCCCCUUUGUAAUUUUUGAAGGGUUUGAUGACACCUAUCAUUGGGAUCUUACAGAGUGUGAUACCUACGUCGACGUGACAAAGUUUUUGGCCCUCCCAUGGGGUCAAGAGGUAUUCCACCGGGAGCUUUUCCUAGAGUUUCAAUCGAAAUUCAAAACCGCUACUCAAGGCUGCCACCUUUUGCAAUUGCCCCUUGGGGAGUGUAACUUCAAACUGUCACAGAUGAUGCAAAACUUUAUCGCAGUCCUCAGGUCUCAAAUGAGCAUCGAUACUUCCGGUGACUUGAGAAAAUCUGGCUCCUCAAUCGCCCUGUCAACGUCCACCAAUGUGUUUGAGGGCGGCACGACCGCCCAAUUACAAUCGAUAAUAGAGCUUAUUGAUCAAUACGAGGCUCAGCUUUACAGAGAUGUUCUUGACCCCUCAUCAAAGGUGAUACUGAAUGAUAUUUUCACAAGACUUAGAAAUGCUGUGCCUCAGUAG